AUGAAGACCUUCGUAGUCCUCGCCUUUGUUCUGGCUGCUCUGUUCAGCGCAGUCGGCGCCCAGAACUUCACCCACUCUACCACCACUGCUACAGUCACGAAGACGGUCUUCCAAACCGUGACCACCUCAGUCAACCUCGCCACUCUGCCCGGCUUUGCGCCUCAUGGCCCCGCCUUCGGUUCUUCCGCCUCUGCUGCUUACGACGCUUCUUUCGAGCUGAAGAGCAUGGCCGUCCAGACCGUCGAAUACACUUCUACCAUCUUCUCUACUGAAGUCGACGGUGUGGUUGUCACCUCUCUGAGCACUAUUGUUGCUCCCGUGACCUCCACCUCUACAGACUUCUCGGAAGUUACCUCGAUCACUACCAAGCACAUGGGAACCACCAUCACCACGACCUCGGUGGUUGUCACGGCUUCGACUCCUAGUGCUGCUGCCUCUAGCAUCUCUGUUGAACAGAACAUCGCGCAGAUGUUUGGUCUGAACGGCAGUGAGCAUGUACAGGCCAGCCCCUGGUUGGCCUACGGUGUGGUUCUCUUGGGUGUCGGUCACUAUCUCUUUUCGCUCACCACUAAGCGUUCACUGGUAUGA